AUGUCGGUGAAGGAGGGCGCCCAGCGCAGGUGGACAGCACUCAAGGAGAAGCUGGGAACCCAGGACUCGGACCCCACGGAGGCGAACCUGGAGAGCGCGGACCCUGAGCUGUGCAUCCGGCUGCUGCAGAUGCCAUCGGUGGUCAACUACUCUGGCCUGCGCAAGCGUCUGGAGAGCAGCGACGGCGGCUGGAUGGUGCAGUUCCUGGAGCAGAGUGGCCUGGACCUGCUGCUGGAGGCCCUGGCACGGCUGUCGGGGCGUGGGGUGGCACGCAUCGCCAACGCGCUGCUGCAGCUCACCUGCGUCAGCUGCGUGCGCGCCGUCCUCAACUCGCGCCAGGGCCUGGAGUACAUCCUCAGCAACCAGGGCUACGUGCGCCAGCUCUCUCAGGCUCUGGACACGUCUAACGUGAUGGUCAAGAAGCAGGUGUUUGAGCUGCUGGCUGCCCUGUGCAUCUACUCUCCCGAGGGCCAUGAACUAACCCUGGAUGCCCUGGACCACUACAAGGCGGUGUGCAGCCAGCAGUACCGCUUCAGCGUCAUCAUGAACGAGCUUGCGGACAGCGACAACGUCCCCUACGUGGUCACUCUGCUCAGUGUCAUCAACGCUCUCAUCCUGGGCCCUGAGGACCUCCGAACGCGCAGCCAGCUGCGGAACGAGUUCAUUGGGCUACAGCUGCUGGACAUCCUGACCAGGCUGCGGUGA